ACCGAAUUAGUUUGUCGACAACCUGCAAUCAAGAUGAAUAUCGAGCUAAAAUUAAGGAAAGACCUGAUGGAUUUCAUCUGUUCCUUUAGCAUUUCAAACGAGAAAGAAUCUUUGGCAUCCAGUUCGAAACGUCGAUAUGGAUCUAAAACUGGUGAACGUAAAUCAUCCAAACACAAGUCCAGAUCGACCAAGAAAGUGGAUAGCAAAUCAAUACAGCAACAGAAGUCGACAAAUUUAAAACCAGAUUUGGAGAAAGUGGUGGAUUUCAACAAUCCCGAGAAUGUUACAUUGACUAGUUCCCCAAAGAAACCUCCGCGGCCUGGAUCACAGAAGCCAACCAUGUCCACGAAAAGGCACGAGAAACGUUCCAGUAUAAUUGAUCAAAUGCCAAACAUCAAAUGGAACUUCGAGAAAGGUGAGCCAGAACCAGAUAUCGAAUAUCCGCAAUGGAUGGCACCGUUCAACUGCAACGGUUUGUUCGAUGCACGCUUUGACUUACUGCCAAUGGAGUUAAUUCUUAAAAUAUUCAAACAAAUCACUCCAAGUGAUCGAUUAGCAGCAGGAACUACUUGUAGACGUUGGAUGGAAGCGUCACAUUAUUAUGAGCCAUUUUUGGAUCAAACGUACUAUCACUUCGAUCGCGUUGAAUUUGGUGAUCAGGAAGGGCCAUUUAAAUACUUCAGUAAAGGCUUUCGACAUUAUCCCAGAUUGACUUUCACACAGGUGAAUUUUAACAAACACAGUGAGUUCUGGACUAAUCGAGGUCUGUGGAUAACUGAAUUAACGCUUCGUUCGUGUAUAAUCAAGAAGAAAAAGUUCAUAUCAAUUAUGAAGAAUCUACUGAACUUACGACGACUAGAAUUAAUGCAGUGUGAUGAGUUGUUCAAAUCAUGGCCUCUAGAGCAUAACUGGCAAGAGCCGAUGUUUCCAUUCUUCUUAUUCUGCCUAAGACAUAUUUCACUAUCCGGUUGUGACUAUUUUAACGAGUAUCACUUCGAACGUUUCGUUACCAUGGCUCCGAACCUCCGGUCGAUUGACGUUUCAAAUUGCUUUAUCAACCUCUACCUUUCCAAGCGAAUCACAAUGCUGGAUCGAGUUAUGAAAUUGAUAAAUAAAAAUCGAUACCUGCUAAAUUCCUUAAAUAUUGCUGAUACACCCUGCGUAGAUGACUUCACCUGGCACUGUUUGAGCGAAAUCGAUGAUCUGAGCUUAUCACAUUUGACAGUAUCGUACUGCGAUCGCGUGCCACUGAAAGACCCCGGCAUUAUUCGCUUCUUGGGUCAGCAAACGAAACUAACCCACCUCAAUCUAGCUUCUUCGACUGGUCUCAACGACGAAUGCCUGCAGAUCAUCAUUACGAACUGCCCGCUACUGCACACCCUCAACAUUCGGCGGUGUUGGCUAAUCAGUGACGAGGGUGUACUAGAUAUGCACGCACUGCAACACCUACGGGUACUCGACAUUUCCAGCUGUGAACGAAUUAGUGACUACGGUAUCAUGACCGGCAUCGUCGGUAAGCGGCCUCGGGAACUGCACGAAUUGUAUUUAAACAUACUGAACAACCUGACUGAUUCCACCCUGUAUUAUAUGGCGGUGACAUUCAGAAACAUUCAAAUACUGGAUCUGGACAGCACGGCGAACUGCGUUACCGAUGCAUCCAUCCAGUAUAUCGCUUGCUUUCUGCACAACUUGAAGCAGUUGAACGUGACGGCUUGUUCCAAGCUUACAGAUGCGGGAUUCACUGGAAUUGAUUUACCACAGAAAACGUUCGCGAUUUGGGAUAUCGAGGAAACGUUUUCAAUAGAUCGACUGAAAAGACUACGUACACUCACAGUAUCCGGAUGUUACAAAAUCACGGACUUUACACUACGAUAUGCAUUUCGAUUCAUGGAGCUGAAGGAGCUAAACAUUUCACGAUGCCCUCAGAUCUCGAAGCAAGGAAUUGAAAAACUAGUGACGAAUUGUCCGGCAUUGGAAUAUCUGGACCUGAGCGAAUGCCCGAAUAUCAACGAUUCCUGCAUCGAACUCGUAUCGAUGUACCUCAAACGUUUGAGUACACUAAAAUUAACAAACUGCGCGCUAAUCACUGAAGAUUCGCUAAAGUUCCUAUCACAUCAUUGCCAGAAUUUGAAGUAUUUGUACGUGCGAGGAUGCUUAAAGCUACCAUCAGACAUCAUGGAGCGUUUGUCGAAAAUCACUACAUUGCGGCAGGUGUACAAAUCCUAGAUUUCUAAAUGCUGUUUUCGUAAUUUUUGUAAUCGUAUUAUGUUUAUAAAUAGAAGAAACAACUUUUCAAACUAUGUUAUGGAUUUUACUUCUUCAUCGAAUAAAUAAGAUACGGACCGUC